CAAGCAUUUAUUUUCGACCCUCGCUCUCAUUUACCAUGAACGGUACCACAUGGCGGAGAGUUUUGCCAAGGCUGCCUUAACGAAAGUGCACCCCACGUGACCACGUGUCAGCCGGGCGCCGGGCAGUCACGUCCCCCAAUUCAACUGGCCUACAAAUCAUCCCACCAGAGCAGCCAUUUGCGAUGCAAAUUUGAAUCAGCCGGAUCAUGUGGGUGCUUGAGUGUGAUGGAGACGUGCUGCAGAACAAACGAAUCUGGCUGCGGCCUGGAAAGAAAUAUCUAUUCGGAAGGACCCGCCUGGGAACAGGAUUUGCUAUUGAGAAUAAAUCGAUAUCCCGCAAACACCUGACCAUCUCACUUGCCGAAGUGAAACCAGGUGAUGGGUCGCUUGUGCACACCCGAUCUACUUUGACCAUUGAGGAUCAAAACUCAAAGAUCGGAACACUACUCGACGGAGAACAGAUCAGAGGCCAGUCGAGGAUCUUGAAAGAUGACGAGCAUCAGAUCAAGUUGGGCAGUUAUGAGUUCUUAUUCCGAAUCAAAUGGGUGCCUGUGGUCAUUUCUUUUUCGUUCCCCAGCAAAGAACAAAAGAAGAAGGAUCCUCUGCUUACUGUGCGUUCUCGGCUGGAGGCUUUGGACGUCAAGACGGUCUUGCCAUACAUUAUUGAUAAAACCACACACGUAGUGGCAAAUAAGCGCAACACAGCCAAGGGAUUACAAGCAUUGAUCAAUGCUCGAUGCAUUGUCACCGAGAGCUUCAUCGACGCACUGGUGGCCGCGGCCAGUCCGCAGGAUCCCGAUGACUCAGAAAGCCAAUCACUCUUGGAAUUUGAUUUUGACGCAAACUGGCCCGAUGCAUUGCAAUAUCUUCCGGAUCCGGGGAAAGAGCCAUUCCCUCGGCCAUCCUUUUACUUUGCUCCUGAUCCGCACAGGACGAAAAUCUUUGAAGGUUAUAUUUUCGUGUUUUGUGACCAGGCGCAGUUUGACAAUUUGCAACCUCCCAUUGUAAAUGGUGGCGGCAAAGCCUUGAUAUACCGGUUGGAAGUGGGAAAGACAACUGCUGCGGACGUCGUUCGGUUUGCAAAGAAUGCGGCAGGGGAAAAGGGAUUGGGCGAGUUUGAAGAUAAAAGUGAAGGCGAAGGAGUCGUCUUGGUGAGGUUCCGAGCCAAGGAUCCAUAUGAGACUUGGGCCAUUGAGCUAGGCAACGAAAUUGCACAGUCAUUAGAUCAGCGUGUCAUUGAACAGAGCGAGUUUCUUGACGCUAUCCUCACAAACAAUCCAGCUACGUUGCGGAAGCAGCUUCCGGAAGAAGACGACGGGACACUUCCCCCUUCCGCUGCUCUUCCGCCUUCAAGCCUUUUCCCGAUGUGGAACCACCGGCAGUAGAAGCUUCUGCGACUCCAGCAGAAGCAGUCUCACAAACGCCAGCGCCAGCAACUCAGGCUUCUCAAGGACGCGCCCGCACACGAAGACCAAUAACGAGUCGCUUCAAAGGAUUUGAAGACUCAGACGAUGACAUUGACGAAGAGCCGAUCAGUUCUCG